AUGGCUCAUCGUUCAGCAGACAUCGACCUGGUGUAUUUAGUUUCAGAUGUCAUUACAGCGCUAGGGGGGGCCUUCAAGCACUCCCCUCGAUUAUACCGCGAGCUGAAGGUAUCGCUGGCUAUAAUGGCUCUGGAGAUACACAAUACAGAUAUUCGCAUGGCCCUCUUCGAACGACCAAAAUUACAGAGGGCAUUUGAGAACCUGGCGAAAGCGUUAGACGGGGGUUUCCGCAAGGACUUCGUAAACGCAAAGUAUCAGCAAUUAAAGGCUGGAGAAGAAAGGCAACCUCUUAGGCUCUCCAAGUGGUGGCCUUGGUUGUUCACCAGUUGGGCCGACAGCUCUAAAGUGUCUAUGCAAAAUUGGACACAAACACCUUACUCAUAUCUUGGAAUGGUCUGUGAGCUUCUUCAAAGCUCUCUACAACGAGAGCUACGGAUCGGAGAGCUCCUAGCUGAUGAUUAUCGAGUAAUUCGAGAUCUGACUAGGUUGGUUAAUGAGCUGGUAGAACAACUCGAUCAUGGUCAAUUUCUUGAUGAUGACGAAGACUUCACUGAAAAGGCACAGUCCAACCCGUCGAUCAGCGAGGCGGCCAUUCGUGGUAAGACCAGCAUCCGCUAUCUGUCGCAGAAUUUGUACCACACACUGCACGAGAACUGGCCUUGUCAAUUGGAAGGGCAUGAGCAUGGCGGAAAGCUAGGCCAUUGUGUGGAAGCAAAGUUCUGCCUCGACCCCCAGUGGAGUUCGCGAGAUCCAGAUCCAUCGCGCGAUAGUUUUUUUAUCCUGUUGGCGGGUUCAGAUAUCAUUCAGGAGUGCCGGAUUCGCUGGCUUCCUACCAAUGCUAUAAAUAACACGAAAACCCCUGCAUGCCUUGUGGAUCACGAAGCCUCAAAAGACGUCUGUUUACAGCUGACAAAGGAUGGCAACAACCGACUAUGGGGUCUGGAAUUAGGGCAGCCACUUGAGGUCCUACAGCUCGAGGAAGAGUGUGCUGGAAGAUCUCUUGAAAGCCUUCGAAAGUUGCUGGAGGUUGUGAAACCCACAUACGCAGCAAAGCGAGUUCUGGGACUGAUAUUAGCGCGAUCACUUCUGCACCUUCUGGAAGGACCAUGGGUCAAUUCGUAUCUGUCUAUCGACGAUAUCUUCGUCUUCUGCAAAGUGCAGAAUGGUUAUCCAUGCCCAAUAUUUGACAGAGUAUUUCUCUCGACGGCGUUCAAGGCAAUUGGUAACGAUAGCGGUCCCCAAGCUAGCCGACGGCCUCCUUAUAGUAUUCACCCCUUUCCGACAAUCCUUGCCCUGGGGAUCGCGCUGGCAGAAAUGGAGCUAGGAGACGAGCUUUCUGACAUCUACAGUCAGCCAUCUUUUGCGGGACUGAGAAACAAGCCAUCUAGGCUUGCAAAGAAGCUGUGGGGGGAGUGUGAGCGUCGGUUCCAUUUGGGGACUGGACUAAUGCGGGCCGUUAGGUUUUGUACGGAUCAAACUUCGUUCCUUCGCUUCGCCGACAUGGGAAAGGAAACUGUUUUUGCAGAUUCAGAAUUCGUGGAUGCCUAUUACAGGAAGGCUAUCAGGCCGCUGGAAGAAGACCUUGUAAAUGGGGCCAAGUGGACGUGGGAUGAAGUAAACUGGCUCAAACGCCGCGACCUUGGCGAUCAGGGAGUUUGCAAAAUCAUCAAGUUGAAAAUCGACCCUUCUUUCAAUGUCAACAGUGAUCGAAUGCGAAAUACAGAACCAAAGUGGAAUAAAUCACCAGGACAUGUGUCAGGCUUACUCGCAAUACCAGAGGUCAAUAGUACCAUGGAAGAUUCACAUAAGAAACCUUCUAGCGACUUAACCCUGCUUAUCAAGGACAAUGCACGUCAUUGUCAACCAUCCAGCCCCCCAGAGUCCGUGAAACCAAAGACUAGAGAUGGCUUCGACAUAGUCAUCAUUUGUGCACUCCCUACAGAAGCCGAUGCAGUUUUGUCUGCUUUCGACCAUCACUGGGACAAAGACUUGUACGGCAAGGCAACGAAUGAUCCAAACUUUUACUCUGUGGGCGUUAUGCGUGGUCGAAAUGUUGUGUUGGUUCAUCCUCCACGCUCUGGCAAAGCACCUGCCGCCAAUGUCGCUACCGCCUGUGCCAUGAGUUUUACCAAAGUGACGCUGGCUCUCAUUGUUGGGGUGUGCGGAGGCGUUCCAUAUAAACGCAACAAGGAGGAAAUCCUACUUGGUGAUGUUGUGAUUAGCAAAGGAGUCAUACAAUACGAUCAUGGACGACAGUACUCGGAUGGAUUUAAACGGAAGAUUGAAAUGGAAGCAGUAUUAGGUAGACCGAACCCACAAAUUGGCUCGGUGUUGGCGGCACUAGAAACUCAGUUUCACCGAGAGAACGCCCAGCAUAAGAUUACCGCCUUCCUCGACGGCUUGGACGAAGAUGUGACAUCCUACCCUGGAGAUAUGGAAGACAGGUUAUUCCCAUCCUGGUAUCGUCAUAAACACCACAGUCGCCAGGUGUGUCGAGUGUGUGCAGAUUGCUGCAACAGCAACGACUCCGUCUGCGACGUUGCCCCAGAACUCAACUGUCAAGUGACUGGUUGCGAGGAGAUACACAUCGUAAAACGACGUCGGCAAAAUCAAAGGAACCAACCGUUUGUUCAUGUCGGUCUCAUGGCCUCUGGAGAUAGCGUUCUCAAGUCCGCUAUACAUCGGGACCAGAUUGCGGAGAACGAGAAUGUCAUAGCAUUCGAGAUGGAAGGAGCAGGUGCUUGGGAUGCCCUACCCUGUGUUGUCAUUAAGGGAGUCUGUGACUACGCUGAUAGCCACAAGAACAAAUUGUGGCAGAAAUAUGCAGCAUUCACUGCAGCUGCUUGCGCUAGAGAAUUCAUCCAAUACUGUUCACUCGGGACCACCCAAAUGGCACCGAUCGCAAAAUAG